AUGCAUGAAAAUGGUGUUGUUCAUGGGGACUUGAAGCCUGAUAAUAUAUUUAUCUCAAACAAAGGAGAUGUUAAAAUCGGAGAUUUUGGUGCCGCUGUGGAAACCAAAAGAGUUCCCUCACGAUUUUCUAUAAGAAAAAAAGAAGCUACUUUAGACGAAUAUCCCCAUUCUCGUAAAGACUAUGGGUUUACUUUUACAUCAAACUAUGUUGCGCCAGAGCGUAUAAAUCCAAAAUCUGUUGAGCCAAACGAAUUUAAGGACAUACUUAUCAACCACGCAAAGGUUACAUGGAAAUGA